GUAAAAAACGUAACAUCCAGACUCAUCAUAUUUGCGCUCUCGUGUUUCGUCAGUGAGGCACUAUCCCGUGCCUUCCCCCCUAUGAGGCAUGUCUUGUCCACACCACACCACUCCUGCUUCCUCGCAUGAAUGUACCGCGCCGUCGACUCUUCCGAGCUGAACAGGCUACUUCACUGUAGGUUUGGUGUUUGUCCGGCCCACCGCAGCCGCCCCGGCAGCUGUGCCCUCUGCUCCUGAAGGCAGUCCCCGGCAUGACCUCCCCUUUCUGCGAUUCUGCCGAAAUUCACUAAAUGGGAUUCGUGGCUGGCCCGAGGUUUCCACAGCAACUGGCCAUCCGCUUCCAUUAUUUCUCUAAUGAGGACAGCCAUAAGGAUUUAACACGGUUCCUCGCUGCGCGUCUCUGAUUUUUGGGCUGAAUCUCCAGACGCGUCAAAGGUCUGCAUAUGGGGGCGGGCAAAAGCAAGCCCAAGGAGCCAGGCCAGCGCUCCAUGAGCCUGGAUGGCACAGGCUCAGACAGCGGGCACUUCCACCACCUGGGCCCCGCCCAGCAGACCCAAACCCCCAACAGGAGCCCUGCAGGCGGGACAGGCAGGCGGGGGCAUCAAGGGCAGCACCAGCACGCCCCGACAAACACUCCUGAGCUGGCUCUCUUUGGAGGGGUGGACCACACAGGCACCAUCACCUCGCCUCAGAGAGGACCUCUGUCAGGAGGUGUCACUACAUUUGUGGCACUGUAUGACUAUGAGUCACGGACAGCAUCUGAUCUGACCUUUAGGAAAGGCGACAGGCUGCAGAUUGUCAACAACACGAAAAAGUACAGCUUCAGAGAAGGGGACUGGUGGCUCGCUCGCUCCCUGACGACAGGAGAGAGUGGUUAUAUCCCCAGCAACUAUGUGGCUCCGUCCGACUCCAUCCAAGCAGAAGAGUGGUAUUUUGGGAAGAUCACUCGGCGUGACUCAGAGAGGCUCCUUCUGAACUUACAGAACAGACGAGGAACCUUCUUGGUGAGGGAGAGCGAGACCACAAAAGGGGCAUAUUGCCUGUCGGUGCUGGAUUAUGAUAACACCAAAGGCCUGAAUGUUAAACAUUACAAGAUCAGGAAGCUGGAUAGUGGAGGUUUCUACAUCACCUCACGCACCCAGUUCACCAGCCUGCAGCAGCUAGUCUUCCACUACCGCAAGCACUCUGAUGGGCUCUGCCACGCUCUAUCAGAUGUGUGUCCUGUGGCCAAACCUCAGACCCAGGGACUGGCCAGGGACGCCUGGGAGAUUCCCAGAGAGUCCCUCCGCCUCGACCUUAAACUGGGACAGGGCUGCUUUGGAGAGGUCUGGAUGGGCACGUGGAACGGUACAACACGGGUAGCCAUUAAGACCCUUAAGCCUGGCACCAUGUCUCCAGAGGCCUUUCUUCAGGAAGCACAGGUCAUGAAGAAGUUGAGGCAUGAGAAGCUGGUCCAGCUGUAUGCUGUUGUGUCUGAGGAACCUAUCUACAUUGUGACAGAAUAUAUGAGCCAAGGCAGCUUACUGGAUUUCCUUAAAGGGGAAGCAGGAAAGUUGCUUCGUCUGCCUCAGCUAGUAGACAUGUCCGCUCAGAUUGCAGCAGGCAUGGCCUACGUGGAGAGGAUGAACUACGUCCACAGAGACCUGCGUGCUGCCAACAUCCUGGUGGGAGACAACCUGGUGUGUAAAGUGGCCGACUUCGGUCUGGCAAGACUCAUUGAAGACAAUGAGUACACUGCGAGACAGGGAGCUAAGUUCCCAAUCAAAUGGACAGCACCGGAGGCAGCUCUGUACGGUCGUUUCACCAUCAAGUCUGAUGUCUGGUCCUUCGGUGUGUUGCUCACAGAGCUGGCAACUAAAGGCAGAGUCCCCUAUCCAGGUAUGGUUAACCGUGAGGUGCUCGACCAGGUCGAACGCGGCUACAGGAUGCCCUGCCCGGCAGAGUGCCCCAGCUCCUUGCACGAGCUCAUGCUUUCCUGCUGGAGGAAGGACCCAGAAGAGAGGCCUACGUUUGAGUACCUGCAGGGCUUCCUAGAAGACUACUUCACUUCCACAGAACCCCAGUAUCAGCCUGGGGAGAACCUAUAGAACCACACACCUGGAGGGAAAACCUCAACACAGAACGAUCUGCACUAACUGACCUCAGAGGAGCACCUGUGGGAGGAUCUGAGCCUGUGAAACUCACCUGGGAGGAAUUUGAGAUUAUUCUGUGGAAGCAAAACUGAGGUAGAAAACCUGCAGAACACCCAUCAUGUGCCAUAUAGGAACUGCUACAGAAGAACCUGAGAACCUCCUUUCUGCAAGCACUUAACUGUUUACUGACAGUUUUCCUGCAGAAGUGAGGUUCAAGGCUGUAACUCCUGUUGGACAGACUCUGGCUCUGAAUUGAUCGAGGGACUACAUUUGCGGGUAAAUGUUUUUGACUGAUGUGGGAGGAACCGAAUCAGGAUCUACAGACGGAGCGAGAGGGAAAAGAAUAAACCUCCUGUUGAAGAGAGAAGGUCAAGGGAGGAUAUUUCAAUCAGACAUGAGCUGUUUAGCGAAACCUCCCUCUUUCCCUCUUCUGUCUUGUCUCUCUUUUCAUCUGGUACCUUUUCUGCCCACAGAAGAGCACUGCCACUGUGGCUCAGGUGCCAAAGGAAUGUCUGUCUCUCUUAAGGUCCUUUAUGUCCCUUCUGCCUCUUUCCUCUCUUCCUCUAUUUCUGUCUGACUUUUAGUAUCUCUCUCCAGUUUUCUCAAGUGCUGCUUUUCAAAGUGUCUCCAAAUAACUCAGCUCUGGAACGCUACUUUGCAUCUUUAUUUAAGUUUACUUGGACAAUAUGUGGUUUAGGGUUUUGUUCAGUGGCAGACAAAGGUUCCUGAUUUUUUUUUUUUUUUUUUUUUUUUUUUUUUUUCCUGUGAUUAUCAAUAGGCAAGGUUGCUAGAACCAUUAUCAUGGUAGUGCCGGGGUAAAUGUACUCAUCAAGCAGGUUCUGUAACACUGAAAAUUAGGUUUGAAAAAUUUGAGGCCUUUCUCUCUUGUUCAACCCUCCUUCUCUUUUCUAGCUGUAUUUCUUGACAUACGCUUAACGGCCAGCUGGAACCAACCUUGAUGAUUAAAAAUUAUUUUGAUGCAGGUAGUGUUUGAAUGCUUGUUGUUUUGAUUGACCUUGAUUUUAACGGAAAAGUUGCAUUGAAAAUAAUCAGCAGUUAUGAUGGCACUAAAGAGAAGUUUUAAUAGUCAUCAGCUCAAUUCCUCAGAGGCAUAAAUGGGGUAACUUUCAUCAAACAUUUAUGUGACCUACUAAGAGGCUGAUAUGGCUACCAAACUAAUCACAUUACUGUUUAAUACAGUAAUCUGAUUACACAUUUUGAGUAAUCUGAUUCACAUCUUGAGCUUACUCAGCUCAAAAUGUGAAAACCCUGAGUGUAAAAGCCUAUGUUGUUGUGUGCCAAACAAAUCACAUUUCAUUACUGCUGUCCAUGUAUAUAAUGUCUUAUUAUCAAGGGGCUUACUUGGGGUUUUUUAGUUAUUAAACAGGCAACUGUUUACUUACAAUUUACAAUAAAACUCUGAACCAUUUCCCCAGUAAACAUCAUGUUAGUGAGUAAACUGGAUAGAUAAACCUGUUACUGUUUGCUGAAGGAUUCAAAAGGUUUAAAGGUUUUCAUUCACUUCACAGCUGUUGUGUCCAUAAAAAUAUGCAAACAGGCGGCCCUAAUGAAACUGUAAACCUUUGAUCAGGUAACCCUAAUAAAACUGUGUUUGACUUAAUGUAAAAGUUGAUUUUAAAACCAGUUAGCAUGCUUUUGUGCCGUUCUUCUCUUGACCAUUGGCUGGGUUUGUAUUUAUGCUGUACUGUACAUCAACACGUGUAUGUUUACUCAAGGUUCAGAUGAGGCGAGGGGAUCAUAAACAGACUUAACAUUUGUGCCAUCAACCUUUUUAAUUUAUUUAUCUUUUAUAUCUUACCCACUGCUGCCAGUCCUUACUGUCAUACUGUACAUACUGUAGCUCUUUAGAGUUGGUUUUUGUAUCAUGUAAGCCACUUUCAAAUGGCAGGUAUUUUUGUUGGGUGUCACACAUUUCACAGUGGUUUAGUUUGACGUAGUCGAUGCAGCAACAGUAGAUAUGUUAUAGAUUGUUGCCAACAAAUGCUAUGAAACCAGUUAUCAAAAAUAUGAGCCAUGCAGCCAUAAGAGAGAUGGUCCAUGCUCACUAACACCAUGAAAUUAUCUAGUGAUGAUGAAUCCUGAUGGCUAAUUUAAUCAACAAUGCGGAUGAUUCUAAAACUACAAUGAAAAAGGAGUUUGGGUUGUGAUAUGAUAUAAAAAAUGAGGUCAAAGAUGUAAAUAGUAUCUUAAACAAAUGACUGACUAUCAUGUAAUUUGUUUUUGUGUAGUUUUUCUUUAAUUGCUCCUCCAUGUUGAGGUUUUUACAGUGACGCACGCCUGCUCCCAAAAUGUUUUAAUAAGAUGCUACUGUAAAUGGGGCUUAAGGAAUGUUUUCUUUUUUAAUAUUGGACUUAACAUAAAAUUAUAUUGUUUAACACCUAUCAUAUCUGCAAAAGACUAUUUAAAAUUGGGCUUGGCAUAUAUAUAUAUAUAUAUUUCCGAGAUAUUAUCGGUGCUUUUUUCCCUUUUUAAAAUGGGAAAUACCCUGUUUGUUCUGAUGCACUGAACUGCCUGUAAGUUACUGGGACAAUGUGGAAGUUGAUGGGCUCAUGACAAGUAUGAGUAAUGUCAAGGUCUGACUGGAUUCUCUGUGCCAUAUUAAAGAAGUGUCUCUGGGUUGUUGUUUUUUUUAUGGUUUUUUUUUUUAUUUUUUAUAAAUCUAUGCAGUUUCGGUCUGGCAUUCCUGCAACUUCAUGGCCAUUUUGUUCUAAAGUCCAAAACAAUGAUCAUAAACAGAAGGUGUGAGCAUUUUGUAAGGACUUCUUUUGUCUUUUUUUGUUUCCGAUGUAACAGGAUUGAAAUGGGUAUCGUGCCACUUUAUGUUCUUUAAAUGUGCAAUAAAUUAUCUUUCAAAUGUGUUUUGAUAA